CGGUGAAUUCAAGACCCAAGAGAAUGCCCUGCUCGCCUUCACCCCCCGGUGUCAAACAGCUGAUCGUCGAUGUCAACAAGAUGGAAUCGUACAACGAGGCCCGUUUCGAGAAAAUCAAGAAGGAAGUGUCGUCCUACAUCAAGAAGAUCGGCAACAACCCGACCACCGUCGCUAUCGUGCCCAUCUCCGGAUGGCACGGAGACAACAUGCUGGAACCGUCUAGCAAGAUUUACUAGUUCAAGGGAUGAGCCAUCGAGCAAGAGGGCAAAGCUGACGGCAAGUGCCUGUUUGUGACUAUGGAUGGCAUCCUGACGCCGACCCGCCCCACCGACAAGCCCAUGCAUCUGCACCUAAAGGACGUCAACAAAAUCGGUGGCAAGGGAACGGAAACCGGUGUGAACAAGCUCGGUAUCGCCAUCGUAUUCGCCCCGGUCAAGUCCGUCGAAAUGCACCAAAAAGCCAUUCCGGAGGCCGAGUCCGGAAACAACGUCAAGAACGUGUCUGUCGAGGAGUGCGUUGUGGUACGUCGCCGACUCAAAGAACUCAUCGUGCUGAACCACUCCGGUUAAAUCUCCAACGUAUACAUCCCAGUGCUGGCUUGCCACACCGCAAGUCCACCAAGGAUCAUCCAAAGUCUAUCGAGUCUGGUGAUGCCGCUAUCGUCUUCCGGGUCCCACCCAAUCCUUUUUGCGUGGUAGCCGCAAAGACCACCAAACAACAUUCGAUACUAGCGACCACGAGGACAGUUCUCUUGAGUGAACCAGAAGACGAUUUCCGUUUAUUUCCUGCGGGUACUUGCGAGAAUUCAGCUAUUUUCAAAGGAGUCAAACAAAACUAAUAAAUAAAAGUGUUUAUUUUUGCUUGGUUUUUUAAUGCGGUCGGUUUCGAUACCUUUGGCGGCCGAUGGCCUGGUUGAGCAGGUUCUUGGCGCCGUGACUUAGGAACGUGUCACACUGAUUUUAAACCAUGUUCCGAAUCGCCCACGAACCGUUCCGCUGAAUAAACUUUCUGGCCGUGUGGAUUUUCAUAGUUUGGACGAUCGUUUCGGUGAUGCCGGUUUCGAAGAGCGUUUAUUGUCACGCAGGCGACGGCGUGGGCCUUGUCAAACUCCAUCCGGAUGUUGUCGUCCAAGAUGAGGAAGCGGAACAGAGAGCACGCCUGCUUCAUAAGACCCUUAAAAUGCUUCAACACGCGAACAUCGUCAGAUCGCGUGGCGAUUCAUCUCUUAAAUGAAUACCUUUGCAACCAUUGCACAUAAUGGCUCGAUCUUUCGACUCGGACUACAGCAAUUUGAUUUGUGGGUUUCACAAGCUUGUGGUACGUAUCACAAGUGAAGAUCGAAAACGACUGCCAGUAGUCGCGGGACAGUACGGGGAACUUGAUUUCUACUAAUCCACUAGCACCCUACACACAUUUAGAUCAUCCUCCUCCAGAUGACGAUGCGGAGACGUCCUGCAGCUGCUCAGCGCAAAACAAAAUAUUUCGUGUGUGAAAUGCCGAUUUUUUUACGCUCCACGUUGUUUCUGUUCAAGCUUGGUUUUUGCGUCUGUCAAAGUCAGUCGUCUCUGGAGCCAAAUGUCAGUGUCAAAAUUCGUUACGUCGUUUGGGAGGAUUGAAAAAAUUUGAGUGGCUCAAUGUUACUCAAAAUUAUUCAGACUUUCUCAAUAUAACUCUCUGUCCUAC